AUGAACCAGUCCAACGCGAACCCUCAACCCGAAAAGCUGAGCUGUAAAACUAACAAUGAUAUCAGUCCCAGCGCUCUCUCCGACGUCUUCGUCAGCCAGUCCAUCAGCCCAUCACGAAGUCCUGCCGCCGCUGCCAUCGGCGGUACCGCCCUCGCUUCUCACGGCGAAAAGGCCGAGGCGUUGAUCGAGAAGGCCCGGGCAGAGAAAAACCGUUUGCCUGUCUACGAAGGCUUACCUGAACAUUUCGUCCUCAUCGAGAAAAUGGGAGAUGGGGCGUUUUCGAAUGUCUAUAAAGCGCUCGAUAAGCGUACCUCGCAAAAGGUGGCCAUCAAAUGUGUUAGGAAAUUCGAACUUAAUCGAAACCAGGAAGGUAAGCAUUUGAAUGCGGAGUUGAAGAAGAAACCCCGUGCGAUUGAGCGUGCAAAUAUCCUCAAAGAAGUAUCGAUUAUGCGGACAUUGAAUCAUCCUAGUAUCAUCAAGCUCAUCAGUUUUACAGAGUCUAAGGAACACUAUUUUCUUAUUUUGGAAUUGAUGGAAGGAGGUGAACUUUUUCAUCAAAUCGUCAAGUUGACAUAUUUCUCAGAGGAACUCGCGCGACAUGUGAUAUUACAAGUAGCACGAGGGAUCCGAUACUUGCACGAAGAAAAGGGAGUGGUUCAUCGAGAUAUAAAACCGGAGAAUUUAUUGUUCGAGGCCAUCCCGAUCGUCCGCUCGAAACAACACAAACACCGACCGUACGAUGAAGAGAAAGAGGACGAAGGAGAGUUCUUACCCAACGUGGGUGGCGGCGGGAUCGGGCAAGUGAAGAUCGCCGACUUCGGGUUGAGUAAAAUCGUCUGGGCAGAUCAGACGGCCACCCCUUGCGGGACCGUCGGUUAUACCGCCCCAGAAAUCGUGAAAGAUGAGCGGUAUUCUAAAAGUGUGGAUAUGUGGGCUAUGGGCUGCGUGUUGUAUACGUUAUUAUGUGGAUUCCCCCCAUUCUUCGAUGAGUCGAUUCAAGUAUUGACAGAAAAAGUCGCAAGAGGUUAUUACACUUUUUUAUCUCCUUGGUGGGAUGACAUUAGCGAUUCGUCAAAGGAUUUAAUCUCACACUUAUUGUGUGUCGAUCCUGACAAAAGAUAUACGAUCGAUGAGUUUUUAGCUCACCCUUGGUGUAAAGAAAAGGCACCAUUACCAGAAAUGAACACUCAAGAGGUAGCAACCAUGGCACCGCACAUUAUGAGAGCGAAGCAAAUGAACUAUGCGCCGAUCGAUUCGCCCUUGUUGCAUGCGACUGGCGGAGGAAUGAGGACGCCAGGCGUGGCGCAAUUGAGGGAGGCGUUCGAUGUGACGUAUGCGGUGCACAGGAUGGAAGAAGAAGGCGCGCGCCGAGCGAGGUUCGGAGGGGCUGGAAACGCUGGGAACAAGCCGUCCGGCUCGACGAAGGGCCCACACAAGCACCAAGCUUGGGGCGGGUCUGGCGGUGCGGACCGUCAGUUGGCGGAGGCGGCCCUCUACACCGGUCAAGCCGGCACACGCGAUCGUGGGAAUGCACAUCGUCAACACCAGGACCAGGCCGGAGCGUCAACUAGUGGAACCGGCCUGCGAACCAAGAAGCUUCAUCAAAAAUCUGCCGCUCCCGCUUCUUCCUCCGCCACCCAUCAUCGUCAUACCGGAUUCGAACUCAAUAUCGACCAGGCUACUUUGUUGGGCAGACGAAAUAAAUUAGCAACUCCUGUCGAAUAA